UCUCACUCUAGCUGCUGCAAAGAGGACCAGAGCUUCCAGCGAUGUUCUCCAGAAGAUCAAGUUACUACAGACGCCCAGCAUCGUGGAGCCUCUUCGAUUUCACAACCAAAUAUAUCUCUUGGUCAUAAAAUGUCUUAUUCCCCUGUAACAUGUAAAGUCAAUUCAGCCAGAGCAAGGAGAAGGUUAUUAUCUCUAUCAAGUCCAUCUUUCUCUGAAAGAAGAUGUUCUUUAUUUGUUGGAUUUCAAAAAAGAAAUGCUUCCCCAUACCGGCAACAAAGUAGAGCUAACUUUGAUUCUGAAGAAGACACAAGCUUCACUGAUUUAAAAUCUUCCUCAGACAAUUUUGGUAGCUUUAUGUCCUGCAGGAGACGUUUCUCAUCCCAUAAACUAAGUAUAGUUUCCUAUUACAAGAGUGCCAAUUUUUUUGAUCCUCAAGCAAGUGGCCAGAAUGUGUUUAAUCUAAAAGAAAUCGAAAUCUUUUCUAAAACCUCAAAUAAUACUGAUGCUAAAAAACAUAUAAGCAUCUCUGCUCCUGAAUAUAACACUAAAAAUUUUAAGAAUUUUGAAACAAACACUACUUCUCCAGUCUUUGGGAACACUAUUGAUACAGCCUCCUAUCAACAAAGCACAUCAUCCUUCUUUUCUCUUGCAAGUGAUGUUUCCUCUCCCGAUCAACAAAAUGGAAUUGCCACCGAUAUUCAACAAAGGGGCCAAUUAUGUAAAGAUUUAAAAGAUUUCCUUCAUCCUGAUACUGAAAGUUACAGCACAGAUCAUUCUCCAAUCACGAUUCAACAGCAUCCCUCUCAAAGUGGAACUUUCCCAUUCCUCCAUAAAGCUGGAUUUUCUUCAUCAUAUAAAAAUUCUGGUUGCUUUAUCCCAUUUCAAAACGAAGUAACUUCAGGCCCAUCUGAAGAUGAAGACUUUGCUGUCUUGUUUCAAGAUGAAGACAGAUCUUCACCUAUUGAAAUUCCUAAAAUAAGGUCACCUCAGACUUUACCCUGUCUUAGAAGGGCACCUCAAAUAGUUUUCCCACCAGUCACUUUCAUAGUCUGUAGAACUCAUUUCUCAUAACUCCCCUUUCCUCACCAAACUUCACUGCAUUUUCUGAAAAAGAUUCCUACAUUGCAGUAUAAAUUUAAUUGCUGUACUUUUGAAAGUUAGUUUACUGAUGUUAUUGGAGUAUGGAAGAUGAUUUUGUUUCAAGCUUUUUUCAGAUUUACUGCUUAAAGAUGGGCUAAUCUCAGAUUUCUGAGUGACUGUUGUAAUACUUUUGUGGUCUAAAAAUAACAUCAAGCCUUGAUGUAUGGACCUUCUAAAAGUAAUACAUUCUUUGAGAGUUUAGUAUCCCCUUUUAUCAUACUCUAAUCAUUAGAAAUAGUAUUCUUACAUAAUCUCUAGAGUUAUAUUCAUCAGUACACACAUUUUCAUACAUAUCAGCCUUGCUAGCUAUAUUUCUCGUGCCCGAUGUUCCACUGACAGAUGAUGUUUUUAUUAACACAAGAAUCAAAUUAGAAGUUAAAAAUGUUUAGCGGAAUAUGUAGAAUAUUUCGAAACCAGAUAUUUUAACUAAGUAAUUUUAAUACACAUUCAUGUAUGUGCAAAUCUGGGCAUUCAAGGAAUUCUGAAAUCGGGAAAAAGUAUGUAUAUUAGUCUCCCAAAAUUUUAUUUUUAAAAAUGAAUGUUUUUUAUUUUUUUCCCAUUGUAUUAAACAAAGACUAUUAUAAAGUAUUUACCAAAGUAGCUAAUGAAUGAAAAUGCAUGUAAGCAAUUGAAAACAUCUAAGUUAGAAUACAAUUAGAUUUUAUAGAGGAAAGGAAUUUGCAUUAUUUCUAAUUAUCCUAAUAAAAUGUCCCCCAAAUUUGUAUCAUGGGGCUAAGAUGUUAUUUUUACUUUUAUGGUUUUCUCUUCUUCUUAGCAUGUGUCUUAAAAAAUGGUCUUUUGAUUUUAUUUUUAAAAAUUGUGAUAAAUACAAAAUUUACCAUCUUAACCAUUUUAAAAUGUGUGUUUCAGUGACAUUAAGUACAUUCACAUUGUUGUACAGCCAUCACCACCAUCCGUUUCCACAACUCUUUUCAUCUUGCAAAACUGAAACUCUCCACCCAUUAGAUUAGGACUCUCUACUCCGCUGUCUCCCUAGCCCUUGUCAACCAUCACUCUACUUUAUAUAUAUGAUUUUGGCUACUCCAAGUACUUCAUAUAAGGGGAAUCAUAUGGUAUUUUGUGACCAGCUUAUUUUGCUUAGCAUAGUGUAUAAUGUCCUCAAGGUUCAUCUGUGUUUUAGCAUAUGUCAGAAUGUCCUUCCUUUUUAAGGCUGAAUAAUAUUCCACUAUAUGUAUAUAUCACAAAUUGCAUAUCCUUUAUCCAUCAGUGGACAAUUUGGGGUGCUUCCAUGUUUAACUGUUGUGAAUAAUGCACUGUCUAUGAACAUGUGUAUGCAACUAUCUGUUCGAAACCUUGCUUUCGAUUCUUUUGAGUAUAUAUCCAGAAGUGGAAUUAUUGUAUCAUAUGGUAAUUAUAUUUUAAUUUUUUGAGGAACUACCAUAUUGUUUUCCAUAGUGGCUGCACCAUUUUACAUUUGCACCAAGAAUGUAGAAGGAUUCCAGUUUCUCUGCUACCUUGCCAACACUUAUUAUUUUGUUUUGUUUUGUUAUAGUAGCCAUCCUAAUGGAUAUGAGGUGGCAUCUCAUUGUGGGUUUUUAUUUGAAUAUCCCUAAUGGUUAGUGACAUUGAACAUCUUUUUGUGUGACUGCUGCUUAUUUGUAUAUCUUCUUUGGAGAAAUGCC